UCUCUUAGCGUCACGCAUAAAGUUAACCGAGCUGUUCCUAUUGGCUGUUGCCAUAGGAGCUCCAGUGUGCGCGUCACAGUGGAGCGAGCGAUGCGAUAGCCGCACCUCCCGUGCCGUGGCGUAUCGUCCCGAUGAGCGAUCUGUGUCGGGCAGCCGAAUGACGGGCGGGCCGUCAUUCACUGCAACUCGCGGCGCAAUAUGCCUCGUCCGAAGCGACCUCCACCACCUGCUCCUUCUCGCAGGUUGGUCGACAUGCCUUACUACGUGAGCGACGUGAACCCGGACUACACGGCUGCUCUGGGAUUAUUCCAGCACCUCAACACCGAGGAGCUACAAAAGCUCCUAAACGACGAUGACCGAGUCGACAGUAUGGUCAAGGAUCUCCAACAGGUAAAGAAUGCCGAGAAUGAACGUGAGAUGCUGCUGGCCAGCAACAAGAGUCUGGCUGACUUCAACCUGUCCCGGGAGCCCAAGCUCAGGCAGUCGCGGCAGCAGCUGAAAGAGCUGUAUGAGCAGGCACAGGAGCUAAUGGCUGAAGUGGAGCAGAACAAAAAAACACUGGACUCACUGGGAGGCCAGUCAUCCCUUGAGACAACAUUGGCACUACUACAGACCUCAGCAGCUGAGGCAGAGGAAGAGUCAGAAAAGAUAGCCUCAAGCUUCCUGGAUGGCGAGAGGACGGUAGAGUCGUUCCUGGAAGAGUUUGUGGAAGCACGCAAGCUCGCACACUUGCGUCGCGUUAAGGCGGAGAAAAUGACCGAGCUACUGACAUGCCGCCUUCCGAGGCCCAUGGGGGGCAGCAUGCCAAGCCGGCCUGCACCACCCGCGCCUGGUUACCCCCUUGCAUCUGUUGGUCCCAUGCCUCCCUACCCCACCACACACUAUCCUAUGCCCAUGCCUUUCAUGUGAGCCUUGGCGAGUCAUCUUUCUUUUUCUGAUUUCGAGAGUGCCUGCUCCAGGAUGGGCUUUCCCAUGUGCUAUAUUACGCCAAGAAAUUUCUCUCAACGAGCGAGAAUAGCAGAUGGGAGAUGGGGACAUUUGAAAACUCCCUGAGCGUGCUCCCUGCAGAACAUAAUGUUGCCAUUGUGGCAUGUUGCCUUGUGAAGAUGCUGUCUCUGAUGAUUCUUGGUACUGUGGUUUUGUUGACAAUGUGUUAUUUCUCCCACACUUCUUACUUUCUUCGCUGUUAGUUGAUCAUGAGUGUAGGGUUGUGCAAAUACCAGUAAUUUUUUUAACGGAAUUCGAAUACGAAUCUAAUAGUGCCAGAUGCGUAUCCAAAAUUGGAUAGUUUUUGAAUAACAAACAGCUAUUUUUCACAAUUAAUAGAAAACAAUGUUCAUAUCCUAGUAUUUAUAACGUUAGAAAGUUUGUCACUACAUUACACAUUAUGAAGCAUUGUUUAUUAUAAGUGCACAUGGAGCAAAUAGGAACAAAUAAGUAGUUGAUUCGCAUGCACAGGACUGUUCACCCAGUGCGAAUGAUAGCAAUAUAGCCAGUAACGUCAGGCUCCCUGAGCAACAUAGCCUGUUCUACUACGUGUAGUUCUUGUGUUUUAUGCUGCCUAUACCAUGCCUACAGGGAUGAACCUUAUUGUACUUUUGUUCCAACUUGGUUUGAUUGUGCACAGUUGUGAUGUUUUAAAUUAUUUGAAAACUAUGAAAAAAUAUUCACCUUUAUAAAUAGUAACUUUUCAAUUUGAAGACCAAAUUGAAGAAGGCACUAUUUGAUUCUUAAUUUGGAAGUUUUGAAUUCGUGCACCGCUCGUCAUGACAUUUCUUGUGCAUUACUAUCAUUUUUAGAAUGUGAUGUGUGUCAGAAAAAUUGACCUUUUAUGUACUGUAUUUGCCAUGAGGCUACGUUUACAUCUUAAGGGGCCCUGAAUCACCCCUCGAGCGUGGUGAAAUGGUCUGCGGGUAGCAUACGCAGGCUGCUUUGAACAUCUCAGCCAAGUUUCGCUGUCGUAGGCGGUGCGUGAAGCUCGCAAGCGGAGCAGCGAAGUUACCUUUCUCUCAAACACUCGCAUUUCAACAGAAGCCAUGACCCUCACUCUCUUCUGUGUGCUUUAUGACGUAAUAAAGCGCAUUCCAGUACGCGGCUGCUAUUGCUCGCUGCAGUCAGCUACACCGCGGCCACCGCGGGGUGCCGCCACGAGUCCACUGGCUGCUCGCUGUUGAGGACCGCGUUUAACUUACAUUUAGUGCAUCGUAGGCACCAAAAUGGCAAGUCCUGGUGUAUACGUUAACAUCCAAAAUGAACUUUGAACUGCGCACCACGGUGACAUUUCGAAGGCGGAGCGUUGUGGCCCUGCUCCACUCUCCCGUAGCCUUUGCAGUGCAAGGCAUUGUAGAAGGAAGGGGAGCACAGCGGAGGGCGUGUUUGAUUGCCAAUAACUCCGCUUCUGCCGAAUGCAUUGAAGUACUUUUUGCGCCAAAGUGUUUCUAAAAUAGCCUAUUUUCACUUCAAAUGUCUUUCUCUACUUCGAUAAAAAGUCGUUCAGGGGCCCCUUUAAAUCAACACAAGACAUCUUGCUUCAGUAAAAUUGUCAUGUAGCAGACAAGCCAGGACCAAGCUAAAUGUUUUCUGUACCAAGAACGUGUGUUAUACAAUAAACCAUGCCAGUAAAACUUUUCAGACUGCUUCUUCAGUUGGCAAGAUGCUGCAAAGUGUUUGGCGUUGUGCUCUGCAAAGUAGGUUUCUUGGAGAACUUGGAGUAUCCCCCGUAAGCAGGCAGUCGUUAAUGUUGUGCCUAUGGUGAUGAAACACACCAACAAGUGAGGAUUGUUUUCUCCUUCAGGAGGUUGCUGUGCCUACAGUGGUCUGUGUAUGUGAAAUCACUUACUUUGCGCAGUACUAAUAUGACCUCUCCUGUCUGCAUUCUCUGCACCACUUCUUGCUGGGCUGAAGCAAAGGUGCAAGUGUGUGUGCAAGCUUUAGUUUUAGUGGGUGCAUUUGCUUCCUGUACUGAUGCUUCAGAGAAAUUAUAAAGUCUUAGACUAUCACUUUAUCUUAUUAGCUCAUUUAGCAAGUACAGGCGUAAUCUAUUCACUUUAUUCAAUUAUAAGGCAGGACCGAGUGGUGGCAGGAGCAGGUUGGCUUGAUAUAAAGAGAGAGUGUAGUUUAGCAAAGUACAAAUGUUGGGCUAGUUGGUGCAUAGCUGUUGAUGUUUGUGGCACAAAAGGAUAGCAAGGGAAAGAAAAAAAACGGACAGAUCUUUUUGUUAAUUUCUUCUUUCCUUCGCUAACCAUUUGUGCUACAAACACCCAGCAUACACAGAAAAUUAUGUCACUGAAAUAAGAUUGCGUGGCUCUUCGCAGUUAGGUGUGAAUGAAGGUACUGGUGGUGUCAGUCGUGUGAACGAAAUGACAGAGCUUUUCUGUGUUUUAACAUCUCUUGAUUCUGCUUCACAUUGAUGAUACGCUUUGGUUGCAGGGGUCAAUUUGCAUGUCUUGCCUCCACACAUUUUACAUGUGUGUGUGUGUGGAGUGACAUUGCAUGACACACUCUGGCUGCUUCAGCACACUUGCAUUUAAGCUUUUCUAGUUCCUCAGCAGAGUGCACCACGGAUGUUGUAUCACUCCAGAAAACUGCUUGCUAUGGUGUUAGCCAUGUUUGUGACAUAUGGGGUGAAUAGCUCAUAGAAUCGUGGAGCCUAUGCAGUGGGGGUGAAGGGGUGGGGGGGGGGAUGAGAAUAGUGUCGCAGUGGACAUCGGUCACUGGUUCUCGGGGAUAGGUGAUGACUCAGGUAGAAACGGUUCACUAGGACACUGUCACGUGACCUUAUGCCAUAGUUUCGUUAUAUAUUUAAUCUUCCAACAAGGCGAAGAGUGUGUCUGCAAAUUCUCUGGCCUCACUGGACUCACUAUCUUGCAAUCGGCACCGCCAAUAUAGCUCUGCCUAAUCUUGAUGGUUUCGCUGGCUGAAAUACGCUAGGUAGUUUUUGUCGGUUCUGGCGCUAUGGCACAUUGUGCAUACAUAGAAGAUCUUGGAUGAAAAAUCAGCCUACUGGCUUUCCAGUCAGUUGUAUGUACUAUGAGAAUGAUGCUUUUGUGUAAACUGUACAGUGUAGAAUGCAAUAAACUGCAAGUGUCUCGUGCUGGAGGCUAAGCAUAGCGUGCACAACUUUUUAACAUGAAUCGUAUUGCAAAUGGCUGCUGUUUGUAUGUUCUGCACAUGAAUUUUGGCGUAGAAUGCGCUAAAUUGAUGUACACCCGUGAGCAAAAGUAUACGGACCACAGGGUCGCCAAAAAACCUGAAUUGCUUCGUAAUUAACAAGCAUAAACUGCAAUUGACAAGUACACUAAGAAGUUCGCAAUGCAAAGUUUGGAAUGCAGUCCUCAAUUUCAAGUUGCGUUUACAGGCAAAGGAAAAAAUCGGCGUUAUCGUGCAACCCCUGGGCCGUAUACUUCUGCUCACGGGUGUACAUUGCAAAUUAUGUGAGUUAUGCGGUGCAAAGCCAAUGUGUUACAUCCGAGUUGCAUAACUUUUGCAUAAAUUUAUGUUGUUUAAUUGCGCUAUUUAGUGCUGAAAAGUGGAAUGCUGGAACUCUCUAGAGCUGCUCGUUGUGUGUGCAGUUAAGCCAAAAUUAAUCUCCUUGCUCAGGUCAUAAAUGCUGAAAGAGGAAGAAAUUGUUCAACCAUUCAGGCAGCUCUUCGAGUGCACACUAUAAAUCUGCUAUGAUUGUUUCUUCUCAAACGGACUGUCAUUCAAACAACAAAAAUACUACUACUGAAGCCACUGUGUAGAUGUGCUUGUUGCCAUUGUACUAGUGUGGUUAAAAAGUAACAAAAUACAAGGCAAAUAAAAAUUAUUCCUGGAGC